UCCUCACAAACUAAUCACCAAUUUGCAUUUCUGUUUCUAUUGCCUCAGUUUUAAUAGUAGCAAUUUUUUUUAUAGUUCCACCAUUUUCUCAACUACUAUUCCUUUCAACAUGUUUUCGACAAUUGCUGUGCCUUCCAACCAAACAAAGCCUCAUCACCGUGACAUCUCCGCCGUGCCGGAGAGCGAGGUGCUCAGAAGAAGAAAUGAGGAGUUGGAGAAUGAAUUAAAAAAGAGCAUUGAGAGAGAAGAGAAAAUGAAGCAGGAAUUGCACAAAACAUGGGAAAGGCUGAGGGUGGCGGAGGAGGCUGAGGAGCGACUUUGCUCCCAGCUCGGUGAACUUGAGGCCGAGGCUGUAGAUCAGGCUCGGACUUACAGGACACGUGUCGUCCAGUUGAUGGAUCAACUCUCUCUGGCACAAAAACUUGUCGAAUCAGCUUCCGCUACCGCUCCCGAUUCCCAAUGAUUGUAGGAGAAAUUGGCAGCUCAUGCCUGUAACGUUAUGCACCUAAGCCUUGGCUAUUCGUUUUCAGUUUUCUGGUGUGUGGGUGUUUAAUUUCUUCAUCACUGAUUUUUUUUUAUUUUCCGAUUGACAUAGAUAGCCCUUUAUUUUAUUCAUUUGAUGUUUGAUAUAUGGCUGUUGUGUAUUGGUGGCGGCCUGUUUGUAUUGUGGGGUUGGUUUUUGGCUCCAUGUAAAUGACGAUAUGUAAGAUUAGGAACUCAGAUUUGUGGUGUAUUGUAUAUUGACCUUUUUUUCCUUUUUCUUUUUAUUUUUCCGAGGUGUUAUGGUGAUUUUUGUGUUCAUUUA